AAAUACAUCAAUUCUGAUCUGAUGAGAUGAAGAGGAUUGAGUUUAGUGUAGCUUGUGCUCUGAUCCACUUCGAAGCCGUCUGCUGCCACCAAUCAGUUCCUCUAGCGUUACUCAUUCUGCGCAUGCGCACAUCCGGUUUUACUUCCCGAGAGCCAUCGGGUUUGUGUGUUGAACAAAACAAAAAUAGCAAUUUACAUUGUAAACACGACCAAGCAUGACUUUUCGCCGAAAGUGGAAUUAGAUACACGGACGAAGGCUUGACCCGGUCGUGUUGGAGGUCUAUUUUCGCUUUUUUCCUCGCCGGGACGCUGCGAGCCUCCGGACGCUCAUGUGAAGGAGACGACGUUAAAUAUGGACUUUUCCACGGAAUGGAGCUUGGAUAUUCGUGACGAGGACUCAAUAUAAGCGUUUGGAGACUUUAUUUCUGUUUGUAGAUGGUAUUUAGCGACUACUUGUCCGCUAAUAUGAAGGAGAUGAUCGGUGGUUGCUGCGUUUGCUCUGACGAGAGAGGCUGGGCCGAAAACCCGCUGGUUUACUGCGACGGACACGGCUGCAAUGUCGCCGUGCAUCAAGCUUGUUAUGGAAUUGUCCAAGUCCCAACAGGACCCUGGUUCUGCAGAAAAUGUGAAUCUCAGGAGCGAGCAGCACGAGUGAGAUGCGAGCUCUGCCCACACAAAGACGGAGCUCUAAAAAGGACCGACAAUGGUGGCUGGGCCCAUGUGGUGUGUGCACUCUACAUCCCAGAGGUGGAAUUUGCCAACGUCUCCACCAUGGAGCCCAUUGUUUUACAGUCCGUCCCUCAUGAGCGCUACAAUAAGACGUGCUACAUUUGUGAAGAGCAAGGCCGUGAGAGCAAAGCAGCCACUGGAGCCUGCAUGGCCUGUAACAAACACGGCUGCCGCCAAGCUUUUCACGUCACAUGCGCUCAGUUCGCCGGCCUGUUGUGUGAAGAGCAAGGCUCGGACGCCGACAACGUCAAAUACUGUGGCUACUGCAAGUACCAUUACAGCAAACUGAGAAGGAGCAAAGGCCGUGGUAGUAGGGCUCAAAGCUUAAGCGAUUCUUCCUCUCACUCUUUGGAUAAACACCAUGACCAGGAGAAGAAGAAACAUAAAGAGCGAGACCGUCAUAAACCCAAACACAAAAAGUCUCUGGAGCUCUCACCUUCCCUCGUUCCGGCCUUGAUGGUUACCUCAGAGAAGAGCUACAGCAGUAGCAGCGCGGGAAGUGUCUCUUCCAUCUCAUCUUCCCAAAAGCGGAUGGACGACAGCGGCGCACGUUUUACCAACGCCAACUUUCAGGAAGUGCCGUCUCACUCAAGCGCGAGCUCCAAAGACGGAGGCUCUUCUGAGAGAGAGAGCAAGAACUCGGAUGGAAAGAGCAAGAAAUCGAGCAGCCACUCCAGCUCCAGCUCCAGCUCAGGGUCACGGGGUCGCAAGUCGAACCCCAGCAAAUCUCACGGCCCUGUCGUUACCAUCGCCACGUCGUCCACCGUCCCGUCCUCAACAAGCCCCUUUCAGCAAGGUCUUAUGUUGGCCGGUGGCAGCAGUAAGACAUCCUCCAGCAGCUCGGUGGUUCAGCCCAGCUCUGACUUCAUCAGCUUCACCGAUUCGAACCUGAGGGGCGGAGACACCUACACUCAGCCCUCGUUCAGUCGCCUCGUAAAGGGCGCCACCGAAAGCGGACCUGCCGAUGGAAUGUUGCCGCUGAACACCUUCAGCUCUCUUGUGCCCCUUCCCCAAAGCUCAGGCUCCGCCUCCAGCUCCUCCAAACUUUACGAGAACUCGCACCCCGGCGGUACGGAGCUAGCAUCGGCUGGAUAUAAACGCCCCCAGCCUUCUUCUUCGUCCUCCUCAUCCUCAGCCGCAUCGUCCUCGUCUACCGGGGAAGAAGGAGUGAAGAAGAAGAAGAGGGGGAACUGGAGGAACCGCUACGGGCCAUGCUUCACCACCACCCAGGAGAGCAAAACGCCAGAGGGGGCGGAGAUCAGCGCCAUGGCUUUGCCUUCUUCGUCUUCUCUGUCACCAUCUUCUUCCUCGGUUGUGGGUCGGAGCAGCGCCGCCACCAUAAGCAGCAGUAACGUGACGGUGGGAGGAGCGGGAACGAGUAGUCUAACCAAUCAGAAAUCACCAUCUCUGCUCAGGAAUGGGAGUUUACAGAGUCUCACCGUGAGCUCUCCACCUGCAGCGACAGUGACGUACCCCAGCAGCAGCGAUGUAGCAGGCCCCGUACCCAGCGCCGUGCUUGGAGGUAGUCUCGCCGUCUCGAGCUCGGAGAUUCCAGGCGCUUCCAUGCCAAACCUCACAUCUCUGCCCACUCCCACGCCCUUCACCAGCACCACCUCCACGCAUCUGCAGUCAAACUCAUUACCGGGAACCUUUAACCUGGCGCAGUCCCAUAUGUUCGGCAACCGGCUAAAUCCCAACUCCGCCAUGGCUGCCCUCAUCGCCCAGUCGGAGAAUUCUCCAGCAGAUCAGGAGCUGGGGGAUGGGGCGCUCGGCUUCUCCAGGCGAGGAACCCCACCGAAGGCGAGCCUUUCCCCACGCUCUCCUUUAAGCGGACUGCACAUACGCUAUGACCCGUCAGUGCCUGUCGUGCCAGGAUUGGGCGCUGACACGCUUCCACCGGCGGCCACCAGCAUCGAGCAGCUGCUGGAGAGACAGUGGAAUGAAGGCCAGCAGUUUCUACUGCAGCAGGGAUCACAGGCAGAUGUGCUGGCCAUGCUGAAGUCUCUGCACCAGCUGCAGAUGGAGAACCAGCGUCUGGAGGAGCAGAUCAGAACCCUGACCAUGAAGAAAGAGCGCCUGCAGCUGCUGAGCGCGCAGCUCUCCGUGCCAUUCACACACACAAACAACACAACAAGCUCCGCCUCCUCUCCACUCUACCAAAGCAACACACACACAGGUAACUCGCUCUACUCCUGCUCUGCACAUCAGAUCUGCCGGGACUGAGCACCUGUUUAGUUGAGUCAAGUGUUAUUACGUAUAACCUUCUAGCCUGUGAAAUAGAAUACCAAUGCAAUCACAAUUUUUUUUUUUUACGUUUUUUUUUUUCGUUUGUUUAGUGGCAGGCAGUGAUGUAAUGAUAAAUGCUAACUGGUACAAACCUCCUGCUGCCAGUGUCGUUGUAUGAUCUCUUGCUUUCCAGUACUUUUUGGUUUAUGUAAUGUUUAUUGGAAUAUACCUGUAAAGAUGUCUCUCCCUCUGUGUAAGAUGUAAUGGUAUUGUAUUUUCUGAACUUUAAAUUGCCGCCACGCAUCAAAAACAACUCCUAAUGUCCCAUUCAAGUGGCACUCGGAUUGAGAGUUCCUUCGUUGUAAGCAAAUUAAUUACAGUUCAAAUAACUGACUUUGGUACAUUUCAUGCACAGAUCAUACGGUGUGUGUGUUUUUUUUUUUUUCUUGCAUCUUACUUCGAGUUUAUGUUUAAUUCCUGUAAAUACCGGGUAUAACCCCAGGUUCCAUCUUUCCCGCCUGAUUUGAUUACAGUACCUAAGCCCCUUUGCACACCAAUAGUUUAAAAAACAACACAUAUAUGAUUUGCACUAAAACUGUAAUAAAAUAAAAUAGAUUAAAAAUACAGGCAAGCAUUUCUAAUAUUCUAAGGAUGAUUUUAAAUGUUCGCUUAAUUUUUCUAAUUUAUAAAUUAAUAUAGCAGAUAUUACUGUAUUAUGAGAUUUGUAUUACUGCCAUCUACCGCAGUAGUGUGCCUGUCGUAAUCACGCUAAUAUACAGGCUUUUUUUAUACAGUACAUCGUAGAAAUAUGUAGCACAUCCUUGAGAGCAAAAAUAUAUAUAAUCAAUGUCCAGAAAAUAUGGUACAGCAACAUGGCUCGUUAUAAUCCUAAAAACAUUUCUUAACUCAUCCAGGGAGCUUCAUUACUUCUGAUGAAGUAGAGAAAUAUCUUUUUCGAUCAUAACAGCCAUGUCACCUACUUAAUGUUCAAAAUAACCCGAUUGACUGAAGAUCUUCAUGGCCACACUGCCUUUCUUGUGUUUUUUUUUUUU